AGGGCGAGACACCGACACAUGUGACAAGCCUCAUCUCAGCCGUGCAGGACCAAGUAGUUUUGCUUCACUCCGGCAUUCCAUCCAUAUCCAUCCAUCAGAAUUCUCAGUCUCCACAGCAGCAAGGCGCACGACCAGCACCAGCAGCCGGCAACAAAAGACACAGCAGCGAUGGCGUUCGUGCCGGUGUGCGUGCAGUGCGGGACGCGGAGCAACCCGUGCCGGUGCAAGGUGGUCGGGCCGACGCUGGGGUUCGUCGCGUUCGUGGUGGCCGGGGUCAUCGAGUGGCCGCUGGGGGCCGCCGUGUACCUGUUCCGCCACCGCAAGGGACGACGCAUCAUGGCGCACCCGGCCACCGUCGUGUACCCGCGCGUUACCAGGGCCAUCCCGAUCUAAUCGGCCGACCGAUCAGCCAGGUCGCGGUUUCAUGUCCGGGUUUGUGUCGCCAACGUACUGAGAUGUCGUCAGUCCAAAUUUGUGAAUCCUUUUACACCCGCCUGCCUUUCUUUCUCAAUAAGAGUCGCAAAUGUGUGUGGUUUCAGUUUGCGUACAUUUGUACUCCGAUUGUAAGCAUCGCCGUCAAUGUACGUAAUACUAUGUAUGUCAUCUCA